AUGUAACAAGAGAAUGUAGAAUUGCUUAAGCAAGCCUCACCACCACAGACACCUAAUGGAUCCAAAGAUUUUAGUUCUACUUGUUAUUUUGACUGCAGUUGGGAUAACAGAAGCUGUGCUGGCCAGUUGCUGUAGUCAAACUGGGACAAGAAUCCCCAUGAGGCUGUUGAAAAGAGUUAACAAGUUUGAGAUACAGAAAAGCAAUGGAAUCUGUGACAUCAAAGCUGUCAUCCUGCACUAUCGAAGGAAGAAAUUCUGUGCAGACCCAGAAAACAACACUUUAAAGAAGUGGAUCAGACAAAAGUCUGGAAGAGUAAACCGAAAGAACCGUCGUGGAAGGAAAAACAGAAGGAGAAAUGGGAAAAAAAGACUAGAAGCCACAUUCUACUGAGAUUAGAAGCCAUGUUGAAAUGCUUACCCAAUUUAACCUAAAGAAAAGUAGGAUGGGUUACAUUGGAUGUUUAAAAUAUCCAUGGUUACUAAGCCAAUGUGCAGUGCCUUUACAGCUUCACAGGGUUUGGGCAUUUGUAAUAUAGGGGUCUGUUCACAAAGCUUUAAAUAGAGUCAUUUAAAGAAGCCUGCUUUGAUAGAGUUAAUUAAGUUUACUAUACACAAAACUGUUCUAGACUGGUAACACAAUUUAAAAAAAUGUAUUACCCAUUAAAACAGACUUUAAAUAACUAAGAUAUAUUCACAAAACCAUGAAGACUGUUUACUACCCAUUUUGAUCAUACAAUCAAGAUUGAAGUUUGCAUUUCUAUCUGUUUAUAGUUUAUUUUCAUUUUUAACCUGUGUAACUCCAGAUCAUGUUUGUAUACUCUCUUUAAAAACAUUCCUUAAAACUUUUGUGAAUAGGGUCUACUGGACUGUUGAAUGUAAUAUUGUUAAUGAGUAAGUGUUUUAAACUUGAAGCUUCUGGGUUCUUAUGUUAUUUGCCCAUUGUUUCAGUCAGAUCCCUAAAUUAAACAAACUUGACUCCCUCCCUCAUAAAGCAGUACAUGCGCAUUGAAGUUGAACACACAAAAAAGUAAAAUUAAAUAUAUUAAUGAAUAAAAAGGCCCAGUAUAUGGUUACAAAAUGGUGGAAACCUGGAGAACAAAUAUGUUUAACUGUCUUAUUUUAUUGUUUUUUUGUGGUCAUAAUGUUUAAUGAAAAUGUGUUUUUUUUUUUUUUGUUUGUUUGUUUUGUUUUAAUAUCUUCCUUACUUUGGGAACAGGAUCUCCUUGUCAGCUGUUCAGUAGCAUGUGUUUUUAUUGUGUGUAAGUUUAUAAUGCCAAAUGAGCCUGUGGAAUAUGAAGAGAAUAAUAGCAGUACAAUUAGCAUGUGAGCAGAACUCUUACCCUUUAAUAAAUGUACAAUAGGCAUUUCACUUUUGAAUAUAUUCUGUAGUUAUAUUGAACUGAUGAUCAAAAAUAUGUGUUCAUACAAAACAAUGUAAUAAAAAUACUGGUCAUGUAUUGUAACAAAAACAAAUACUUUUGUUUGAGAAUGGAGAGCCCAUGGAGAAUGAUUUGCUCAGUUCAUCGUUAAGAAAGCAUACACUUAUGAUGAAGGGCGGCAUCUGCAUUGGAGGUCAAACUGAUCUUAUUUUGCCUCCUAAGAAGCAGAUUUACAGCUCUAUGGUACAUACUGUAAACACAGACUUAGACCCUAUAGUAAGACCAUUUGCAAUUGGCCCUGAGUUUUUUCUACUGGAUUGUGUAGAGUUGUCCUGUUUAAAGUUGAUUUUACAACCAGCUCAAAAGGGAGGUUAAACCCCACCAAUAUGCAUGAAAAUGUGUGGUGGGAUUGGCAAACUCAACAGACCCUGUGAAUGGGGCAGCAUUAAUCUUUUUUUUUUAGAAAAGAUUAAGACACUUUUUUUAAUACACCUGUAUCUCAAAAAGUAUAGUAAAUUAAGGAACCACGCUCAGCAUAUACACAGUCCAGGGGGUGUAGAUGUGCAACGGGGUAUAUAUUUUGGGGGGGGGUCUGAGUUUUACAGAAAUUGAACCCCAAAGCUAACGGUCUGACGUAACUGCUGCCUGACGUCAUGGCUAGGCAGAGUGACUUGCGAUUGUUCCAUUAAACUGAAUAGGGAGACACAAUAGUUCAGCACACACGGGUCACAUCUAUGUUUUUGUUUGGAUUAAAAGUGGUAAUCAGUGAUAAUAUUUUUUUGUGUUUGUGCCGUCAACACUGGGGAAACUAAUAUAUAUAUAAUUUUAAUUUAGGAAAUACGAUUUUCAUUUUCCACCUCUUUUGUUGUUAUGGUGCGGUCUGGAGUUCAAUGAUACUGUUCCAUUCCGCAAACGAGUGUAUGUUUAUGUCCGUACUAAAACGAUAAGCUUUUCUGUGCUUUUAAAUAAUAAAAUGUGAAAAAUAAAAGUGACCCUGUGUAUAGUGUUACUUAUUAUGCAGUUAAGAUUCAAUUAAACUGGUGGGACGCAACCUCUGGCGUGUAGCUAGUACAGCAAUUGCAAGCAGCGAACAGUACAGAUUUAUUUCUUGAGCGGUAGGUACUGUGAUCCGCAUUAGCAAAGUUU